AUGGCCGAUUCACCACUAUUCAGUUCUUCAACAAGGGGGCAAUUAAUAGAUCCAUGGCCUAUCGAUGGAACUCAAUUUGACUACGUGAAUGUUGAUGCUUUCUUUGCGCAAUUGAGAUCAAUAGGCACCAGCUUCACUGAUGAACAACGUGCCAAUGGGCCGUGGAUUCUUGUUACCUCUGUGGAUGAACAGGCCUUCAAAUGUAUCCAGGACUCUCACCAUGAACUACUAGAUUUAUGGUCCAUACUCUACAACCCUGUCGACUACACAAUCUCUACAAAAAUGGAAAGCUUUUUUCACGGAACAUUGGCAAUGGCCAUUACGCGAUGGUUGGACGGAAAGCUUACGACAAUGGGAUUGAAUCAUGAAGCAAUUUUCACGGGAACAGCCAAUCAUACGCUAUUCGUCUUGAAUAGGGCCGGUCAGAGAGUCCUAAAUGAUGUCGGAAACCCAGAAAUCAUCCGCAAACGAGCUGAUCAAACCGUUCACCCGUUCACGGUUCAAGCACCAAGGUCCAUGAAAUGGCCGUCGCUAGUCCUCGAGGUUUCUUAUUCUGAAUCGCGGGCUAAGAUAGGAGAGGACUUGCGACUUUGGCUUCAAAACUCGCAGAGCGAAAUCAGAUUUGCCAUGGCAGCCUUCAUAACCGCACGAUCUAAGACGAUUUCUAUCGAAGAGUGGAAGGUACGGACCCGAGCAGGGACUCAGGAACAACCACGUUAUACCGCCGAACGUAUCCAAUUUAUGUCGAUUGAAAAGCCACGAUCUCAUGGUGAUCCUAUUAUAACUGGAUCGUUCACAGUACCUUUCGACCGACUCCUUCUUCGUCAACCUACUGCAGGUGAGACCGACUUCGAUAUGAGUCAAAAAGAUCUUCGCCAAAUUGCAGCUCAGGUUUGGCGAUCGCAGUCCAUCGGAGAUGCCUGGCGCCAGUAG